AUGUCGAACAUGGCCCUCAGCAUCGGCAAAGCGCCACUCAUCCGCCCCGUCGCCGCCCUCGCAGGCUGGACCUUCGUCAUGGAGGUCUGGAUGUACGCGACCAGGAUCCCAGCCAUGCAAAAGUACAAGGUCGAUGUCAGCCCUGACAAGGUGUCGAGCGAUCUGCAGACCAAGAUUCCCCCGAGCGUUCGCUUCAAGGCAGACAACUACAAUCACUUGCACGAGCAGCCAACCGUCUUCUACGCCAUUGCUCUGUCUCUGGCCAUCCUCGGAGAUGACCACCCAUACACUGUGUAUGGCGCCUGGGCAUACGUCGCUACUCGAAUCAUUCACAGCGUCAUGCAGGCCACUGUGAACAAGGUCAUGGUCCGAUUCCAGAUCUUCGCGACAAGCUCUUUGGUGCUGGCUGGAAUGACUGGCAGGCUCGCUCAGUUGAUCUACUAG